UCUAUAAAAGUCCUCCCUCCCUAUAUACAGCGCCUCCAAAGUCUUCCUCAAAAACCCUAAACCCUAGCACUUCGCUCUUCCUCUGCUCGAUCAAUUACUCAAAUGGCGACGGCGGCGUUGCUCAGAUCUCUUCGUCGGCGCGACCUCACCUCCGCCUGCAAAUCUGUGGUGGGUAAUGCCAAGUCACCAUGGGCUACCUCACAUUUGGGUCAUAAAUGGGCUUACCUUGCCAGGCCAUUCAGUUCAAAGCCUGCUGGAAAUGAUGUAAUUGGAAUUGACUUGGGUACCACAAACUCAUGUGUAGCGGUUAUGGAGGGCAAGAGCCCUAAAGUUAUAGAAAAUGCUGAGGGAGCUCGGACCACACCUUCAGUGGUAGCUUUCAACCAAAAGGGAGAGCUUCUUGUAGGAACACCUGCCAAACGGCAAGCUGUAACUAAUCCUACGAACACCGUUUUUGGGACCAAGCGCCUCAUUGGGAGACGUUUUGAUGAUCCCCAAACACAAAAGGAAAUGAAGAUGGUCCCAUACAAGAUUGUCAGGGCUCCCAACGGGGAUGCUUGGGUGGAAGCCAAUGGGCAACAAUAUUCCCCAAGCCAAAUUGGUGCCUUUGUCCUAACUAAGAUGAAAGAAACUGCUGAGUCAUACCUCGGGAAGACAGUUACAAAAGCUGUGAUCACUGUACCAGCUUAUUUCAAUGAUGCUCAGAGGCAAGCAACAAAGGAUGCUGGGCGAAUUGCAGGUCUUGAUGUUGAGAGAAUCAUUAAUGAGCCUACUGCGGCUGCACUUUCCUAUGGUUUGAACAAUAAGGAAGGUCUUGUAGCAGUUUUUGAUCUUGGUGGCGGAACCUUUGAUGUUUCCAUUCUUGAAAUUUCUAACGGUGUUUUUGAGGUCAAAGCAACAAAUGGUGAUACAUUCUUGGGAGGGGAGGACUUUGACAAUGCUCUAUUGGAGUUCUUAGUGAAUGAGUUCAAAAGAACUGAGGGAAUUGAUCUAUCGAAGGACAGGCUUGCUCUCCAGAGGCUACGGGAAGCUGCCGAGAAGGCUAAGAUUGAAUUGUCAUCAACAUCCCAGACUGAGAUCAACCUGCCAUUUAUCACAGCUGAUGCCUCAGGAGCGAAGCAUUUGAAUAUCACAUUGACUAGAUCGAAGUUUGAAACAUUGGUUAAUCACUUGAUUGAGAGGACAAGGCCCCCAUGCAAGAGCUGUUUGAAGGAUGCUGGCAUAACAACCAAAGAUGUGGAUGAGGUUCUUCUUGUGGGAGGAAUGACCCGUGUUCCUAAAGUGCAGGAAGUGGUAUCUGAAAUCUUUGGUAAGAGCCCAAGCAAAGGUGUGAACCCCGAUGAGGCUGUUGCCAUGGGGGCUGCCAUCCAGGGUGGUAUUCUUCGUGGAGAUGUUAAGGAAUUGCUCCUGCUAGAUGUCACUCCACUCUCACUUGGUAUUGAGACACUAGGUGGUAUCUUCACCAGGUUGAUCAACAGGAACACAACCAUUCCAACAAAGAAAAGCCAGGUGUUCUCAACGGCAGCUGACAACCAAACGCAAGUGGGUAUUAAAGUACUGCAAGGUGAACGUGAGAUGGCAGCUGACAACAAGAUGCUUGGUGAGUUUGAGCUUGUUGGUAUCCCACCGGCUCCUAGAGGCCUUCCUCAAAUAGAAGUGACAUUUGAUAUCGACGCCAAUGGUAUUGUUACCGUCUCUGCCAGAGACAAGACCACCGGCAAAGAACAACAAAUCACCAUCCGUUCUUCUGGAGGCCUCUCAGAAGAUGAGAUCGAGAAGAUGGUGAAAGAAGCUGAGAUGCAUGCUCUGAAGGAUCAAGAAAGGAAAGCUUUGAUUGAUCUCAAGAACAGUGCAGAUACCACCAUUUACAGUAUUGAAAAGAGCGUUAGCGAGUACAAGGAUAAGGUUCCAGCUGAGGUCAUUUCAGAGAUCGAGUCUGCUGUUGCAGACUUGAGGAAUGCGAUGGGGAAAGACGACAUUGAGGAGAUCAAAGCCAAGCUUGAUGCUGCAAACAAGGCUGUUUCAAAGAUUGGACAGCACAUGACAGGAGGCGCCGCCGGCAGUUCUGGCUCUGGAAACUCAGAGGGCGGUGAGCAACCUUCUGAGGCAGAGUAUGAGGAGGUAAAAAAGAAGUAGAUGCCUAUACCAAGGCUGUUAGAAAUUGAAAGUGAAUUUCUCCUACGAGAUGAGGUUCAAAUUUUUUCUUAAUGUUCCAUUGAUAGAAUGUUUUGUAUCUAAAACUUGGAGCAUUGUUUUAGCGGAAGGUCCUAGUUUAUGGGGUGGUCCUACUACACUCAAUGCUUUUUAGAAACUCUUACUGAUGGGUUGAAAUUUUUGCAGAAGAGAUUUCCUGCUGAAAUCUGAGUUUACUCUGUUGUUUUCUCA